AUGCAAAGACGCACCAUGAUGAGAUCCGGCUGGAUUAAAGGAUCACUUGGUGCCUUUGCCAUGGCUGCUGCUCUGUUGUACCUCAGCUCCAUUACGCGGGAGGUUCAUACCCAUUCGGAGAGACUCCAGAGGGCCCACCACAAUGACUCCAUCAGGGGUCAGGGAAUGCUCAAGAGGAUGGACAAGAUGGAGACCGACAUCACCAGGCUGCUCAAUCUGAUGGCUAAUCUUGAAAAGAAGGAACUGGUGAAACAAAACAACGCAGAGGUAAAGAGGGAGAAAACGAUGGUGAGGAAGCUGUACCCGAACUCUGCUCUGUUCAGAAAGUGGGGCGAUGAGCUGUCGGAGGAGGAGCAGAAGGAGGCCGAGAUGUUGUUUCAGAGAUACGGUUACAACUCAUUCCUCAGUGACAGGCUACCGCUCAACAGAGAGAUCCCCGACACCAGGCCGCCCAGGUGUGCUAAGAAAAAGUACCCAGAGGAUCUGCCUUCCAUCAGCAUUGUGUUAAUCUACCUGGAUGAAGCUCUUUCUAUCAUCAAAAGGGCGAUCCGCAGCAUCAUAGACAAAACUCCAGCUCGGCUGCUGAAAGAAAUCAUACUGGUGGACGACCACAGCAGUAAUGAGGAUUUAAUGGAGAAACUCGACGAAUACAUUAACUCCAUCCACGAGGAGCGUCCAGGCAUGGUGAAGAAAGUCAGGCACUCUGAGCAGCUCGGCCUCACCCAGGCCAGACUGUCAGGGUGGAGGGCUGCUGUUGGCGACGUCGUAGCCAUCUUUGACGCUCACAUAGAAGUCCAUGUACAAUGGGCGGAGCCGUUGUUAGCUCGAAUUAAAGAGGAUCGCACCGUGAUAUUGACACCAGUGUUUGACAAAGUGAAUUUUGAUGACUUGACGCUGGUUCCCUACAUAGCUGCAGCAGAGGCCUUCGACUGGGCUCUCUGGUGCAUGUACGAGUCCUUCAGACCUGAGUGGUACGCUUUAAAGGACAAGUCACAACCUGGAAAAAGCCCCUCCAUCAUGGGGAUUCUUGUAGCUGAUCGUAAGUUUUUCGGGGAGAUCGGAAGCCUUGAUGGGGGAAUGAAAAUAUACGGUGGCGAGAAUGUGGAGUUGGGCGUCCGGGUGUGGCUGUGUGGAGGAAGCAUAGAGGUUAUACCUUGCUCUAAAAUUGCCCACCUUGAGCGGGCCACAAAGCCUUAUGCCCGAGACUUGAACGGAUUGAUGAGGCGUAACGCACUGCGGGUGGCUGAGGUUUGGCUGGAUGAAUAUAAAUACAAUGUCAACAUUGCUUGGAACCUUCCCUUAGAGAAACACGGCAUAGACAUUGGGGAUGUGUCCGAGAGGAAAAAGCUGAGAGAGAGACUGAAUUGUAAGCCCUUUCGGUGGUAUCUGGAUAAUGUUUACCCGAUGCUGGACCCGAUGCUGGACCUGCUAGGUUACGGAGCGCUGAACAAUGAUCUGAAGCCAGAUCUCUGCAUUGACCAAGGCCCAAUGCCGGGGAACACACCCAUUACACACAAAUGCCACCAAUACGCCCCUCAGCACUGUUAUUAUCGCACCGAUGGACAACUCUACAUUGGUGGAAUCAAAUCACACAAGUACAACAGCAACCGCUGUCUGGUGGACCCCGGCACUGGAGUCUACCCGGGACUCUAUGAGUGCAAAUUAGCCAAGCAGAAGAAAUUCCACAUGCUGUGGGAUUUUAAACAGGAUGGACCUAUCCAGAACAAAGAAACAAAGAGAUGCCUGGAAAUUGCGAUGGGUGAUACCGGCUCUGACACACUCGUUUUACAGCAGUGCACUGGUCAGAGAUGGAAGAUACAAAAUCUCCUCAAUGCCACUAAAAGCAUGGUGGGCAGAGCAGAGACGGCAAGAUAA